AUGGUCACUUGGAGUGAUCGAGCUGCGGAAAGGCGAUUUACGACGGUCACCAUCCAUGUCCCUGUCCGUCGUUCCGUGCCCACCCCUAAAAUUGGUCUGUCUGGAACGGUCUAUUUUCUUUGUUGUCCGUCAACGACAAGAUUUUCUUUAUUUCUUUUCUUAACAAGAAACCCACCUGCUACAAGGCCGACCGACCACCCGCCCGCCGCAGAUGAAAGUCUCUUCAGAUCUAUCUAUCUAUCUAUCUAUCUAUCUAUCUAUCUAUAUAUAUAUAUAUAUAUAUAUAUGUCACUUCUAUAUUUCUCCGUUUUUUCUUCAAUCAUCUCUCUAAAAUAUCAUCUUUCUCUGUUUUCUUUAAUCAUCUAUCUAUCUAUCUAUCUAUCUAUCUAUCUAUCUAUCUAUCUAUCUAUCUAUCUAUCUAUCUAUUUAUAUAUUCUUGCCAUUUAUAUAUAUAUAUAUAUAUAUAUAUAUAUAUAUAUAUAUCAAUCCCAUCCCUGUUCUUUCUUCAAUCAUCUCUAUGCGUUUCUUUCUUUCUUUCUUUCUUUCUUUCUUUCUUUCUUUCUUUCUUUCUUUCUUUCUUAUUCUGUUCAUAUCUAUCUAUCUAUCUAUCUAUUUUAA